AUGAGGAGGGGGCACGAAGAAACCGAAGCAGCCGUUACUCGAGCAUUCAAACUGGCUAUCGCAAAUGAGAGGGAGGGACUCUUGAAGAUCUUACAGCAUCUGUGGCCGGAAUGGAGAGCGCUGAAGAUAACGACGGGAAAGACCUCCAAAUCGACUCCACUGCGCUUUGCCAUAGACGAGGGUAAACAGAAAUCUGCCUAUGGGCUUGUCGAUCCUACCGUUACAUCAAGAAGACAACCUAAUGCCCGCAAGAUCUUCGACAUGAUCUGGAAGUCUCAAUUGGCCGGUGGCUACCUAGAGAUUAUGCUGGAUCACCUUCAAGAGCCUAUCGACUCUAUACGUACUGACAUAAUCGAUGAAGUUAUGGGUUCCCCUACAACCAGUAACGCCGAAGCUUUGGACAUUCUGCUAGACCUAGGAAUUGAUAUCCCCGCAAUUCUUCGACAAUCGAUAUGUCAUGCGGUGCUCCCCAUGACCCAUUCACAGCAAGCAGCCAACAACAUAUGGGAAGAUAUCCUGCGAGAUGACUACACGAUUGAGCCACAGGAGCUAGAAUCAAUCCUUGCCUUCGAAGUACCAGCGACCCGUAACCUAGAUGACGAAGUUGAAGGACAUAAAGAUGCUAUCAGAACUGCAUUGAGCCCUCGGGGCGCGCACGACUGGUCUGAGGUGGUGCUUACAGCGACGAAUGCGUCAACAGAGGACCUGGAGAAGUUGAUAGCGACGGAAAAAGACAAGAACAUGCUGCAGCGUAUGUUGAAUGUCAAAGAUAAGAGAGGACACUCACUCCUAAGGUUUACGAUCUCGGAGGGCAUGGAUGAGGUCGUUGAGAAGCGAAAGAGAAGACUGAGAUACCUCGAGACUCUUCUGAUACGCGGGACCAUCGUAGCAGAGCCGGACCUGAUGAGUGCACGUGAACUUUCGUUUCGUCACGAAGGGAAUCUCGCGAGUUUCAUGCUACUGGCGGUAUAUGCCCACCGAGAUGUCUUGUCCGACUUCUUGCGCACCCUGUGUAGUGCACCGAGGGUCCACAAUGGAUUGGACUUCAGUCAUUACGCCCUAAUUGACAUUCUGCUUAGAUGUAACGCGGACCCAACACUCUUGGAUGGAAGUGGUAAGACCCCUCGAAUCGCUCUCCAUGACGCCAUGGCGAAGAGACCGAUCAAAAAGAGCUCCAGAAAGGACGACAAGGUCUUCAAGAAAAUGCAGAACACCAACCGUUUCUAUCUCGAAAAGAUUUCGGAACUUUUGCUGCGCUGGGAGAACCACAUCAAAGGUUCACUCGGUCGUAACCCAUUGGAGAUGCCAGACGGUCUAUGGAAAGCAGGACGUGACACCUUUGAUCAUGAGACAUGGGCGUGGCUGGUCGCCAGGAACCCUGAGGGCUACAAAGUGGUGGAGGAUUGA